AUGGCUAUAGAAGAUGAGAAGUAUACCCAAUCAGAAGCCUUGGCUAGCGAAGAUGAGGAGUAUACCCAAUCAGAAGCCUUGGCUAUAGAAGAUGAGGAGUAUACCCAAUCAGAAGCCUUAGCUAGCGAAGAUGAGGAGUACACCCAAUCAGAAGCCUUGGCUAGAGAAGAUGAUGAGUACACCCAAUCAGAAGCCUUGGCUAGAGAAGAUGAUGAGUACACCCAAUCAGAAGCCUUGGCUAGAGAAGAUGAUGAGUACACCCAAUCAGAAGCCUUGGCUAGCGAAGAUGAGGAGUACACCCAAUCAGAAGCCUUGGCUAGAGAAGAUGAGGAGUAUACCCAAUCAGACGCCUUAGCUAGCGAAGAUGAGGAGUACACCCAAUCAGAAGCCAUGGCUAGAGAAGAUGAGGAGUAUACCCAAUCAGACGCCUUGGCUAGCGAAGAUGGUGUGUAG